AUCUCUCACAUUAAAACUCCAACACUUGAUUACUUCUACAUAACCCUUAAGCCUCCAGCAUCUCUCCCCUAGCUCUCUCUACUCUUCCUUCACCACCACCACUGCCGGAGUGCCGCCAUGGACUUCUUUUUCCAAACUAUCAAGUAUUGUGUAGCGAACCAUCUUAGCAAGAACCCAGUUUACCCAAUCCUUGAAUAUUGGCUAGUGAAGCAUCCAAAUAUUCUGAAUUUUUCAUGGAAACAAGGUGAAACUCCAGGUUCUUCUAUUUUUUUCCUUUCUUCCAUUGUUGUCUCGUAUCUCUCUCUCACUUAUCUCCUCUCUCGCUCAACCCUAGUUUCAUGUAGCCCUCGUUUUCUCAAAAACCUCACAGCCAUUCAUAACAUUGUCCUCCUCUCUCUCUCCUUUGUCAUGGCACUUGGCUGCUCUCUCUCCAUCAUCCUCUUUGCUCCCAACGUCGACUACCUCGUUUGCUUUCCUAAAAAAACCCCACCAACAGGACCUCUCUUUUUCUGGGCUUACAUAUUUUAUCUCUCCAAGAUUUUUGAAUUCAUGGAUACCCUUUUGAUCAUCUUGAGCAACUCCGUCAGAAGGUUAACUUUCCUCCAUGUGUACCACCAUGCAACGGUGGUGGUGAUGUGCUACAUAUCUUUGCACUCGUCGCAAUCUAUGUUCCCUUGUGUACUCGUCACAAAUGCUACUGUGCAUGUGAUAAUGUACUUCUACUACUUCCUUUGUGCUGUAGGGAUUCGUCCAAAGUGGAAAAAAUUAGUCACAGAUUGCCAGAUUUUGCAGUUCUUUUCAAGCUUUGCCAUCAUAGCUUGGAUCUUCUACUACCAUUUUACAGGAGCAGGUUGCUCGGGGAUCUUGGGUUGGUGCUUCGACGCCGUUUUCAUCACUUCUCUUUUAGUUCUGUUCCUUGACUUCCAUUCUAAGAACUACUCUAAGCAGAAGACCAAGGGAAAUUAACUACCAAUAUCUAUAAUUAAUGUCUACAAUGGUGAUAUAUGGACAUGAUCGUCCUUGUUUUUCCUCUUUUUCUUGUUUUUAGUCUCAAUUUAUUUCUAGGGUUUCGAUUUUGCAUGCAUGUUCCCGAGAUACAAAUUAAAAUCAUUGUUAAAUUAGCGUUGGAUGAUCAUUGCACUCAUAGGCAAUGGUCUAGUGGUUUCGGUCUGAGUAAAACUCAAACUUGUAGUAGAAAAAUAUUUGUUUAGAUCCAGUCUAUAUGGAUCUAACACUCAAUAGUAUGGUAUGGUAGAAUCAUACAAAAAUAGAUAACAUGUUUUUGUGAUUUAGAUCUAUUAAAAAUUGGAGCUAAACAAGAUUAUUUGUC